CCUCUUGAAUCACUAUUGUGCGACCUCAUGUCGCUAUCUCCGAAAAAAACAGAGUCGACCAAGUCGACUAUGGAACCAGAGAGUUCCGUCCUCUCACGCCACCCAUCAAGUCUCGAAGGAAAUGCCGUCCUCAUCGUUCCAGAAAAGUUGACCGGUGAGAAUUAUCGUGAAUGGGCGCAAUCUGUGAGGCUCGCUGUUGAAGGUCGAGGCAAGCUAGGCUACCUCACCGGCGAAGUUGUUUGUCCGUCGUCCACCAACUCUCAAGCUGUGCACCUCUGGAAAACUGAGAAUUCGAUGGUCUCUUCCUGGCUGAUUAACGCAAUGAUACCAGCCAUUAAACGGAGCUUCAUGUUCCUUCCCACUGCGUGUGAAAUAUGGGACGCUGUGCGAGAGGCAUAUUCUGAUGGAGAGAAUGUCUCCCAAGUCUUCGAAAUUAAAACAAAAUUGUGGCAAACGAAGCAAGGUACGGGAACCUUAAAUGAUUACUAUUUAACCAUGUCGGCUCUGUGGCAGGAACUUGACCUCCAGAAUGACGAUACAUGGAAAUGCUCUGAAGAUGCCGCACUAUACAAGAAGAAGGUCGACAGAGAACGCCUCUUCGAGUUUCUUGCAGGUAUUAAUUCAGAGCUUGAUGCCGUUAGAGGACGCCUCUUGAGCCGUGUUCCCUUGCCUACCGUCCGAGAAGCAUUUGCAGAAGUAAGGAGGGAGGACUCACGACGACGAAUCAUGAUGCCCAACCCUGUUGCUGCAAGCAGCAAUCAUGAAUCCUCUGCUCUAAUUACUCGGCACAGUACAGAUAAUAAAGGUCCAAAAAACAAACCAAUCUGUGAACAUUGCAAGAAGAGUGGCCAUACAAAGGAGACAUGUUGGGAUAUACACGGUAAACCCGCAGAUUGGAAACCAAAAAAGAGCAAGGGACGUAGCUAUAUGGCUGGAACAGAACGGAAUGAAAUGCAACCUGCCACACCCGCUGCUAUAUCUAAUGACCAGCUCUCUAAACUAAUAGAGAUGCUCAGCAACCUGCAACCUUCUGGUCAGCCAUCACGCACUCAACCUACUGCCACAGUGGUACACAAAGGACCUGUCAACAGGGAAGAUGAUUGGGAGUGCUAAGGAAUUUGACGGCUUAUAUUACUUUGAUGAUGCCUCCAUUACAAAUACUAGUGUCUGCAAUAAAGUUUCUCUCCCUAGGGAUAGUGAUAUUUUCCUUUGGCACAAACGUCUUGGCCAUCCUAAUUUUCAAUAUUUAACUCAAAUGUUUCCUUCUAGUUUUCCUAAUAAAAAUGUUUCUGAACUUUCUUGUGAAGUCUGUGAAUUUGCUAAACAUCACCGCACUACCUUUUCUCGAAAUAUUUAUCAACCCUCUUCUCCUUUUAUUACAAUUCAUAGUGAUUUAUGGGGGCCUAGUCGGAUUGCCAACCGAACUUUUCACAAAUGGUUCAUUACUUUUAUUGAUGAUCACACUCGCGUUUGUUGGACUUAUUUACUUAAAGAAAAAUCUGAAGUUUAUUCUACUUUUGUAAACUUUCAUCAAAUGAUAAAAAAUCAGUUUAAUACCUCUAUAAAAAUUUUUCAUACAGAUAAUGGCACCGAAUAUAUUAAUCAUAGUUUUACUACCUUUUUCCAAGAAAAUGGCAUUAUUCAUAAAAGUUCUUGUCCUCACAGCCCCCAACAAAAUGGAAUUGCAGAACGGAAAAAUCGACACAUUUUAGAAGUUACUCGUGCCCUUCUCCUCACUCAUAAUGUCCCAAAGUAUUAUUGGGGUGAUGCUAUCCUCACUGCAACUUUUCUUAUCAAUAGAAUGCCC